UCCUGUGAAUUAUAUUAAAUGCGAGGAACACAUGUAGAUACAUUACCAAGCGAUCCAAGUGUCACACUAUUAACAAGCGGUCCAAGUGUCACACUGCCCUAUGUAUUUGUGUGCCAUCAUUCAGGAGGCUAAGGUGGCAGAGGCCCUUUUUUCACCUGAGAGCUGGUGUACCCACCACUCCAAAGAGGUGACUGCAAAGAGGCAGCUUGAAGUGGAAAUCACUGUUCUCAAGAACCAGGUGACUGAGAUGACUGCACAGAUCCACACUGUGGUGGAGAAAGGCCGUGCUGAGACGGGUGGGCUACUGAUCCGGCUGCACCGCUUCACCUCUGACAACUCCGUCAACAAACUAGAGAACCAGACACUGAAGACCACCCUGUCUGCUGCAGAGGAGAACACAGACACAGUCCCAGUCUGAAGCACAGCAGCUGACGAGUUCAGUCAAGAAGCUACAGAGCCAGGUGGAAAACUAUAAGAGCAAGGUGGAUCAGAGCCUACAGCAGGCUUUAUUCAAAGAGGUUCAGCCAGGCCAAGGCUCUGGACCUGGAGAGCCAGCUGGGACUCAGUAGGACAGAGCUCAGUCAGUUACGCAGAAGCAAAGAGGAUGUGAGUGAGACAUUUUAACCCAAAGUCCUGGUUUUCUAGAGAGUUAUCUAUAUGUGUUAAACAUUAUACAUCCAAUAUCUAGUAAAAUAUUUGUUACAACUUUGCAAACAAUUGCAAUGGACAGGAAUACUAUUUAUACAAACUAUAAAAUCUGAACACCAUAAUAAGGAAUGAUACAACAACUAUGAUAACUUUGUCAAACUGAACUGAUAUGGAAUUCUUUCUUUCCGGAAUCAGUUGAGGAACCUGAAGGAGAGACUGGAACAAUCUGACUCCACAAACUGCAGCCUGCAGAAUUAUGUUCAGUUUCUCAAAGCUUCAUAUAGUAAUGUGUUUGGUGACUCUGUGCUAUCAAGCUCUCGACACACACUCACCAAUCGGAUUGAAUAUUCUUAGAAUUAUAUUGUAUGAGUUCUAUUUUUUAUAUUCAGUUGAAAUGUACUGUACUGUACUGUUUAACAAAACAAU